CCCCUGACCCGGGCGCCCUGUGUGCGCGCGCCCCUGACGCGGGGACCCCCUGCGCGCGCGCCGAGGACGCCCGCGUCUCCGCGCUCCGGGCGGGGAAGGGGCCGCGGGGCUGAGCGCGCCCUCCCGGCUCGCCGCCCCGGCUCCGCUGGCGGAACCCGAGCGCGCGGUGGGCGCGGGGCCGUGACGCACACCUGUCGGCCGCCCGGCCCGCGGACAAGGAGGGUGCGCGGCGCCCCGCGCUUCGCGACCUUCUUACUUCGCGACGCAGCGCCCGGGCUUCUGGAGGAUGCUCCUGGUGGCAGUGUGCAUGGCCCUUCUGGGCUGCCUGCGGGCCCAGGGCCUCCAGGGACACGUCUCCGUGGUCCUGCUGGGGGCCACGGGGGACCUGGCCAAGAAGUACCUGUGGCAGGGGCUGUUCCAGCUGUACCUGGAGGAGGCGGGGAAGGGCCACAAUUUCAGCUUCCACGGGGCUGCUCUGACGGCCACCGAGCAGGGCCAGGAGGUCGUGGCCAAGAUCCUGGAGGCCCUUUCCUGCCCCAAGGAUGUGACGCCCGAUCGCUGUACCGAGCUCAAGGGCCAGUUCCAGCGGCUGAGCCAGUACCACCAGCUGAAGACCACGGAGGACUACGCGGCCCUGAACAAGGACAUUGAGGCGCUGGUGCAGCGCCAGGGCCUCUGGGAGGCGGGCCGCAUCUUCUACUUCUCCGUGCCGCCCUUCGCCUACGCGGACAUCGCCCGCAGCAUCAACGGCAGCUGCCGCCCCGGCCCCGGCGCCUGGCUGCGCGUCGUCCUGGAGAAGCCCUUCGGCCACAACCACCAGUCAGCCCAGCAGCUGGCCGCGGACCUCGGCAGCUUUUUCCACGAGGAGGAGAUGUACCGGGUGGACCACUACCUGGGCAAGCAGGCCGUGGCCCAGAUCCUGCCUUUCCGAGACCAGAACCGCAAGGCGCUGGACGGCCUGUGGAGCCGGCACCACGUGGAGCGGGUGGAGAUCGUCCUGAAGGAGACGGUGGACGCCGAAGGUCGCACCAGCUUCUAUGAGGAGUACGGCGUCAUCCGAGACGUGCUGCAGAACCACCUGACGGAGAUCCUCACACUGGUGGCCAUGGAGCUGCCCUUCGACGUGGGCAGCUCGGAGGCCGUGCUGCGGCACAAGCUGCAGGUGUUCCAGGCGCUGCGGGGCCUCCGGAGGGGCAGCGCCGUGCUGGGCCAGUACCAGGCCUACAGCGAGCAGGUGCGCCGGGAGCUGCACAAGCCGGCCGGCUUCCUCAGCCUCACGCCGACCUUCGCAGGCGUCCUCGUUCACGUGGACAACCUUCGCUGGGAGGGCGUCCCCUUCCUGCUGAUGUCGGGCAAAGCCCUGGACGAGCGGGCGGGCUACGUGCGGGUGCUGCUCCGGAACCGGGCGUGCUGUGUGCAGAGCGAGGCGCGCUGGGCCGCGGAGCAGAGCGCCUGCCUGCCGCGCCAGGUGGUCUUCCACAUCGGGCACGGCGCGCUGGGCGGCCCCGCCGUGCUGGUGAGCCGCAACCUGUUCCGGCCCGCGCUGCCCCGCGGCUGGGAGGAGGCGGCGGGCCCGCCCGGGCUCCGCCUCUUCGGCCGCCCCCUGUCCGACUUCCACGUCUACCGCCCCGAGCGCGAGCAGGACGCCUACUCCGUCCUCAUCUCACGCAUCUUCCACGGCCGCAAGGACUCCUUCAUCGCCACCGAGAGCCUGCUGGCCUCCUGGGCCUUCUGGACGCCCCUGCUGGACAGCCUGGCCCGCGAGGCCCCCCGCCUGUACCCCGGCGGGGCGGACCACGGCCACCUGCUGGACUUCGAGUUCAGCGGCGGCCAGCUGUCCUUCUCGGUGCAGCAGGCGGAGCAGCUGGUGCCGGGGCCCGGCUCCGCCCCCACGCCCAGCGACUUCCAGGUUCUCAAGGCCACGUACCGAGACGGCCCGCUGGUCACCGCCUGGGCCGAGGAGCUGAUCGCCAAGCUGGCCGGCGACGUGGAGGCGGCCGCCGUGAGGGCCGUGCGGCGCUCCGGCCAGUUCCACCUGGCGCUGUCGGGCGGCUCCAGCCCCGUGGCCCUGUUCCAGCAGCUGGCCAUGGGCCACUACGCCUUCCCCUGGGCCCGCACGCACCUGUGGCUGGUGGACGAGCGCUGUGUGCCGCUCUGGGACCCCGAGUCCAACUUCCAGGGGCUGCAGACGCACCUGCUGCAGCACGUGCGGGUGCCGCACUACAACGUGCAUCCCAUGCCCGUGCACCGGCACCGGCGGCUCUGCGCCGAGGAGGACCGGGGCGCCGAGGCCUACGCCGAGGACAUCGCCGCCCUGGUCGCCAACAGCAGCUUCGACCUGGUGCUGCUGGGCAUGGGCGCCGACGGGCACACCGCCUCCCUCUUCCCGCAGUCGCCCGCCGGCCUGGAGGGCGAGCCGCUGGUGGUGCUGACCGAGAGCCCCUCGGGCCCGCGCCGCCGCAUGAGCCUCAGCCUGCCCCUCAUCAACCGCGCCCGGAGGGUGGCCGUGCUGGUCAUGGGCCGGCUGAAGCGCGAGAUCGCCCUGCUGGUGAGCCGCGUCGGCCACGAGCCCAGGAAGUGGCCCAUCUCGGGCGUGCGGCCCGCGUCCGGCCAGCUGGUGUGGUACAUGGACUACGAGGCGUUUCUGGGGUGAUGGGGCCUCGCCCUCCGCUCACUCCCGGGCAGUCUGCCCCCUGUCCUCCCCCCUCCCGAGUCCUGCCACCUGCCCGGGCGCCUGGCUCUCUGGAACCGGGUGCCCCAGGGUCAGCCCCGGGAGAGGCCCCGUCCAACCCCUUUGAUGGUCCCUGUCCCGAUGUGGUCAGACCCGGAGACGAGGAGGAGAUGGAGGCUCAUGAGAAGCUUCAGAUCCAGGUUAGGGAGAGGCGUCCCCCUAACGGGGAGUCUGGGGCUUCCACAUCAGCAUCAGCCUGCCUCGUGGCCAGGCUGGGCGCGGGUGCUCCCAGCUUCAGCAGGGAGCCUGGCCCAGCGGGUGCAGGGGCCGUGCCGGGCAGGCGUUGGGAUUGCCUGGAGACCCGGGCUUCCCAGUCCUGCAGCCUCUUCCCUUCCUGCUUCCCUUUCCUCCCGGAGCCUCUGCUGUUCAGCUGCCGUCCUGCUCCCGUGGGCUGCCUCCUGCUCCGUGUGUCCUUCCUUCCUCCUCCUCCCAACUUGGGGGCGUCCAUCCCUCCUUGGUAAGUUGGCUGUCCCCAGACUUCCUGUAUAGACAGGAAGUUGAUGACAAGAACACAGCCACAAAUACUGGGUGCUAUAACCGUGCCAAAACCCUGUGACUUGUUCGGGGCCCUUCCUAAGCAAUGACCUCUGCAUGGGGGGACCCCACCCUGGCCGCUGGGCACACGCUGGGCACAGCCUCAGGCCAUCCAGGGUUCCCUCCCGAGGGCUCUUUCCCUCUCAGGACCUCCGGGUAGGUGUUGCUCGCAGGGUCCUCCCUGGCUUACCAGGAAAGAUCUCGUCCUCUGAUGGGGACAGCUCUCUGGGGGAGAGAUGUAACACCAAGCGAUGCAUCGUCCAGACGCUCUGAUCGGACCAGACAGGAGCCAGGCCUUUUGCUAGGGCGGCCGCAGCUCCAGCAGCCGGGGCUCAGCACCCUCCUCACUCUGCCUCUCCGGCACCCCACCGGCAGCCUCCUGCCUGCCCGCCCCUCUGCCGCUGCCUGCACCGCUGCAUUGUGGGAGGCUCCCUGCACCGCUGCAUUGUGGGAGGCUCCCUGCACCGCUGCAUUGUGGGAGGCUCAGGAGCAGGGCCACCUCUCCUAGGAAUGGGUGAGGUGCUCCUCUCUCGAGAAGCGGGGCCCACGGGGCCUGUUCUCCCGAGACCCCCCCCCCCCCCGGGGUGUCUGAAAUGCUUUAUAAAAUCACCAGUGACGGGACAGAGUAUUUCAGCUCCACCUGGGCAUGCCCCCGCUGUGCUGUCAGGAAUAAGAUGCUUCAUGUGACUGCGCCCCCCUCACCGAGACAGACGCCAUCAGAGGGCUGUCCUUGGUGAGGAGGGCCCCCCGAAAUCCAUUUCUCUGCUUUUGACUGCUCAGACUUUCCUCGGCUACAAUUUAAAGACUGUGGCUUCUGUGUGGGGUGGGAGCCUGGGAGCUGGUCCCUGUCCAGGGGCUCCUGUUAAAAUCCUGCUUCCGCUGGCAGGCCGCCGCUGACCUCGGCAGCACAGAAUCAGUGCCUGGUGGGGAGUCAGCAUCUUGGCCUUUUGGCUCUAGAGAUGCUGGUGGACACAGGUGGUUGCAGGUCGGUGGCCACGUGGGGGCGCUCAGGCACCAUCCCUGCCGUGUUUUGCAGUCUGACCCCCAUGAAUUCCCCGUGUCCCAGGAAUUCCCCUUGUCCUGCUCCCGUUUCUUGCACUCUGCCUCCCUGGGCCCCCAGCUCCCCCCCCACCCCCACCCCCCCAGCUGCUCCUUGGGAACGUGUUCCUCUGGGGUUGUAACACCAGAGCGGACGGGACCUCCCGUUCCCGCUUCAGUCUGGGAUAAAGGGUGAGCCAUCACCACUUCUGAAUAACCGUGAGUCACUGCAGCCUGAGCCGAGCAUGUCCUGUUCUUAGAGGGCUGCCUGCCCCGAAUGCACCCUUUGUCUGGGGGGAGUUGGGGCAAAAAUGCCAAAGGUUUCCUUCCACAAUCCGCUGCUGUCUUAAAAGUCCCCCGGGGGGCCCUGUCAGCACUCACUCUCCCCACCCUUCCCCUCCCUCUUCCCCUUCCCCUUCCCCUCCUGGCCCUGAGCGGGGAAGCUCAGCUGGUGGUUUCCAAACGUUUGGGCCCGUGGCCCACAGCCAGAGCCCUGUCUCCAGCUCAGUGUGGUCAGGACCGGCCUGGGAGCAUGUCCUCUUUUCUGUCUCGUUGAGAAAAUGCUGCCCAUCAUCCGCUAACUGAGCUGAUCCAUAGUGUGAAAAGUGCUGCUGGAAUCCGGCUUUACCCCGUUCCACGCCAAGGACCCCGGCUUGGGAGGGAGCACGCCUGCUGGCUCCCACGGGGACACUGCCACCAUGCUGGGCCUCGAACCCGGGCUUCCCAGUCCUGCAGCCUCAUGCCCAGGCCCAGAGCAGGGGCUCCCCCAGCACCUCAGGGCUGCUGGCGGGGGGAGGAGGGGUGGGUGGUGAGGAAGCGCUCCCCAGAAGCCUGGCAGCGAUUGUGACGGGGGCUAAGUCCCGGGCUAAAGACUAAACAUUCUGCACAGCGUGGUGUGGUGUCGUCUGAUUGUUCAGCACCCUGUGAGGUGGUCCCGAGCCUCCUUCGCCGGUGACUGUGGAACUGGUGUCUAAUGGCAACAGGCCAGGUGCUCCUGAGCCGGGUCUUAGGACUCUAGCCGGCCCUCCCAGCCCCGCGGGGCGCCUCCCUCUGGAGCCCCGGGUGCUGGUGCAGCGCAGUGGCCUCCUGGGCCGUCAGACCGGCAUCUCUGGAGAAGCCGGUUGCCAUGUGUGUCUGGAAAGGAGGGGACUUUCCAGGCUGCUGUGAGCGGGAAUCUGAUUGUGAUCCGGGAGCCGCUCUCUGCUAACCACAGCCCCCGUCUGUCCGUGCUCCCGCCCGUGUCUCUGCAGACGGUGCUUCGUGGCCGUGGACUGGCACUCCGCCAGCUGGCUCAGCUCUGCCGGGCUCCCGGCCUGGGCGCCCGUCCUCCCUGCCCCCGGGAUGGUGUGGUAGGAAGGAGGAGAGCGCCCAUCAGACCGUCUACAGUUGGGUUUUCAGAAACAGUUUUUUCAGUGGAAACACCCACAGCCUCAUCGGCAGUUGCCAGCAAGACGCCUGGAGGGGGUGGGGCAGGGACGCAGGUGUGAUGGUGUCCGUCCUCUGCCCUCUGUCCUCUGCCCGGGGCUGGGAGACGGCACUGGGCUCUGACCAGGGAGCCGGGGAGACCCCUGGGCUGUUGGGCGGGGGGAAGGGGGGGAGCAGUGGGCACGGACACACCUCUGCCAAGCAGCAAGACUCUGCGGUGCCUUUUUGCCAAGAGAACUGCCUCGUUUUUAUGGGAAAACUGGGCCCUUAAAGAGGCCUCAAACAGACACAUUCAGUUUCAAAAUGACUUUUUCUAUGUGAGAUGCAACAUAUAUUUUUUUAAACAAUAAAAUUGUUUUGCCAAAA